AUGUUUACCAUUGGAAACAUCUUGACUAAUCUGCAGAAAAUGGGCACAGAGUUGCCAAAAACUCAUGAUUCAAGUGGUGGUACUGAUUCCAAUUCUGAUUCAGAGAACAGUAGCAGUAGCGACUCUUCAGGAAGUGACUGGCAAUGUUCCGGGCCUAAACAGAGCUCUGUAUGUAAACCACACUUCUCUGUAACUUCUUGUGAUACGGGAUUAAAGCUUAAAAUCGCCGCUAUUCCGCCUCGUAAAGUUUCACCUAAAAAGAUUGUUAGGCCAGUGGCUAAGAAAAAACCUGAAGAAGAUUCAAAAAGCGCUGUUACAAAAGAUAAAGUGGGUGUGAAAAAGUCCCAGUUAUCAGACACAAGUUCUAGUUCAGAGUCUUGUAGUAAAUGCUCAAGUGACUCUUCCAGUGAUGAUGAUUUACCUCUUAAAGCAGUCAAAAAAACUUUGCCUACUAAGUGUUCACCACAAAAGGGAACAUUACAAAAGGGUAGGAAUGUUACUGUGAAGAGUGAGAGUGACGAACAUAGACUUUCUAGUGAUGAUGUUAAAGAUGUAUCCAAAAAGGAUAAGGACAAGUCAGGUGUUUUUAAGGUGAACAGUAAUGUGAAAAAAAAUAAAAGUGAAGACUCUAAUCAAGCUUCACCUGUGAAACGGGGACAGGGGCGACAACGGUCAAAGGUAAGCCUUGUGAUCAGCUCA